GGGCUUGUGGUGGUGAGUUGUGUGGGAUUGAUCGCGGCUCCGCAUUCUCAUGAACACACACGAGGUGAUCGCCCGGCAGAGUGCGUCCAGUCGCGCCCCGCGGAAUUAAGUUGGAGUUCGUGAGGCUCGUACUUCUUCAUUUCCGAGACCGUCAGCUGUUUUGGGAGAGUCUCUACUAUGGAAACGCUGAAGAUUGUUCAUACGAACGAGGAUGAAACGUGCAUGACUUUCUUGUUGGAGAACGAAGAUCACACACUUGGAAACGCAUUGCGGUGUAUGAUAAUGAAGAAUCCUGCGGUCCAGUUUUGCGGAUACGCUAUUCCCCAUCCCUCAGAGAGAACGAUCCAUGUGAGGAUACAAAUGAUCAAUGGGUCAGCUAUCGACGCCCUUGAGAAAGGAUUUCAGGAUCUCAGGGAUAUGAUGGAACACAUCCAUGCCACCUUUGAAGACACGAUCUCAGCCUACAAAGAAGAAGUUGCAAUGCAGGAAUAGAUGGAUCGAUGAAAGAAGAACGCCGGGGAUACCGGUGAUUCCAGAGUGAGAUGUGUAAGUCUGUAAAUAAACACCAUCGGGUUGUGGAGAAGCUCU